CUGGGGACUAGGAGGACCCUCCCAGCGUGGGCGGGCAGAAAACCGGAACUGGAGACUGAGAUCUCUCUACCUCCUCCCCCCGGACCGAGAUCUCUGUCUUCUGAAAACCAUCUCUGCACAUGCUAGUCCCAGGUCAGCCUGCAGACAACCAAAGGCUAUUCCAAGGAGAGAGCCUGGAGCCAGAGAGAAUGACCCCGGGGACCCAGAGACCCCCAUCCCAGGAGUCGGUGACAUUCAAGGAUGUAGUUGUGCACUUCACCCUGGAGGAGUGGUGCCUGUUGGACCAUUCUCAGAAAAAGCUGUACAAGGAGGUCAUGCUGGACAAUGUACAGACCCUUCUCUCUGUGGGGCUUCCAGUUUCCAGAGAAGACCUGACCUCUUCUCAGGAAGGGGGAGCACCAUGGCUUCUGGAGCCAAAAGGCCCAAGGCACCUUAGUCCAGAUGCAGUGACCUGGCUUAAAGUGAAAGAGAUGAGUACAAUCUUGAGCAUUUCUGUGGAAGAAUCUGGCCAGCUAAGAUUCAUGAGUGACAGUCCCUAUGACUUCAAUGUUAGAGAAAUCUAUGACUCUGAUAUCAAGAUGGAUAAAAAUCCAAAGAAUUCAUGUGAAUUUGAUGAAGUUGGAAAGAGAUUCAUACAAUAUUCCGUCCUAUAUCACUGUGAGACAGUGUCCCCAAGGAAUAACUGUUUUGAGUACAGUAAAUAUAGGGAAUGCUUUACUGAACAGAUAGAAGUUAUUCAGUCCCAUGAGAAGUCUCCUGAAAUACAACUGCAUCAAGGUAAUCAACAGAAAAUGACUUUCAGCUUGAAUUCAGACCUCAGUGGACAUCAGAAAAGUGAUAUUGGCAAAAAGUUUCAUCUAUGUAAUGAAGGAAGGAAGGCCUUCAGCCAGAACUCUAAACUCAUUACUCACCAGAAAACUCACAUUAGAAAGGAGCCUGAUGAAUGUAAUGAAGGUGGAACAACCUUAUCCCUUCACUCAUCUCUUCCUUACCAUCCUAGAUUUAAUAUUGGAGAGAAAACAUAUACAUGUAAUCAGUGUGAGAAGGCCUUUCAUUUGCACUCAGAUCUUGUUAAACAUCAGAAGAUCCAUACUGGAGAGAAACCUUAUAAAUGUAAUCAAUGUGGAAAAUCUUUUACUCAUAGUUCCAAUCUUUCUGUACAUCAGAGAAUCCACACAAAAAAGAAUCCUUUUGGACAUAAUCAGGGUGAAAAUGCUUCCCAAUGGAACUCCAAUCUUGCUUCCCAUCAGAGAAUCCACAAAGGAGAGAAAGCUUAUGAAUGUAAUCAGUGUGGGAAGACUUUCAGCUACAACUGUAGUCUUGCUGUCCAUCAGAGAAUCCACACAGGAGAGAAACCUUAUGAAUGUAAUCAGUGUGGAAAGACUUUCAGCUACAACUGCAGUCUUGCUGUCCAUCAGAGAAUCCACACAGGAGAGAAACCUUAUGAAUGUAAUCAAUGUGGAAAAGCUUUCACUCAUAGCUCCAAUCUUUCUGUACAUCAGAGAAUCCACAAAAAAAGGAAUCAGUGUAAAAAUGCUUCCCAGUGGAACUUUAAUCUUGCUUCCCAUCAGAGAAUCCACACUGGAAAGAAAUCUUAUGAAUGUAAUCAAUGUGGAAAGACUUUCCGACAGAACUCCCAUCUUGCUGCCCAUCAGGCAAUCCACACUGGUAAGAAACCUUAUGAAUGUAAUCAAUGUGGAAAGACUUUUCGACAGAACUCCAAUCUUAUUAGACAUCGGAGACUACAUACUGGAGAGAAACCUUAUAAAUGUAAUCAAUGUGGAAAGGCUUUCAAACAGAGUUCCAGUCUUUCUAAACAUCAGAGACUCCAUACUGGAGAGAAACCUUAUGAAUGUAAUCAGUGUGGGAAGACUUUCCGACAGAACUCUAAUCUUAAUACACAUCAGAGAAUCCAUAGUGGAGAGAAACCUUAUGAAUGUAAUCAUUGUGGAAAGACUUUCCGAACAACAUCCCAACUUGCCACUCAUCAGAGAAUGCACACUGGAGAGAAACCUUAUAAAUGUAAUCAAUGUGGAAAGGCUUUUACAAGGAGGUCUGAUCUAGCUAUACAUCAAAGAACCCACACUGGAGAGAAACCUUAUGAAUGUAAUCAAUGUGGAAAAGCUUUCACUCGGAGCUUCAAUCUUUCUGUACAUCAGAGAAUCCACUCAAAAAAAAAUCCUUAUGGACAUAAUCAGUGUAAAAAUGCUUCCCAAUGUAACUCCAGUCUUGCUUCCCAUCAGAGAAUCCACAGUGGAAAGAAACCUUAUGAAUGUAAUCAGUGCGGAAUGACUUUCACAAACAACUCCAGUCUUGCUAUACAUCAGAGAAUCCAUAGUGGAGAGAAACCUCAUGAAUGUAAUCAAUGUGGAAAGGCUUUCAAACAGAAUUCCAGUCUUGCUAAACAUCAGAGACUCCAUACUGGAGAGAAACCUUAUGAAUGUAAUCAGUGUGGGAAGACUUUCCGACAGAAAUCCAAUCUUAAUACACAUCAGAGAAUCCAUAGUGGAGAGAAACCUUAUGAAUGUAAUCAAUGUGGAAAAGCUUUUACAAGGAGGUCUGAUCUAGCUACACAUCAGAGAACCCACACUGGAGAGAAACCUUAUGAAUGUAAUCAGUGUGGGAAGACUUUCAGCUACAAUUCCAGUCUUGUUAUCCAUCAGAGAAUCCACACAGGAGAGAGACCUUAUGAAUGUAAUCAAUGUGGAAAGGGUUUUACUCAGAGAUCCAAUCUUUCUGUACAUCAGAGAAUCCACAGAAAAGAGAAUCCCUGGGGUAGCUAGGUGGCACAGUGGAUAAAGCACUGGCCUUGGAUUCAAGAGGACCUGAGUUCAAAUCCAGCCUCAGACACUUGACACUUAACUAGCUGUGUGACUCUGGGAAAGUCACUUAACCCUCAUUGCCCUGGCAAAAAAAGAAAGGAAGGAAGGAAGGAAAGGAGCAUCCCUGUCUACAUAAGCAAUAUGAAAAUGCGGUCUACUGGAAUUCCAAUCUUGUUGCACAUCAAUCAGAGAAUACACACUAGAGAGAAACCUUAUGAACAUAAUCAAUAAGGAAAGGUUUUCUUAUUUCAUUACAAUCUUGCUGAACAUAAAAGAAUCCACACUGCAGAGAAAGCUGAUUGUAAUGAAUGUGGAAAGGCUCUGCUACAGAGCUGCAGUCUUGGGGAACAUCUAAGACUCCAUUGUACAGAGAAACUUCUUGAGUGUCAUGAACGUGGCAGGUGCUUUAGUUAUCAAUUCUAAGUCUACUGAACUUGAUAUAAUCCAUACUGGGGAGAAUCUUUAGAAUAUUUCUCAUCAGAGCAUUCGUACUGGAGAAAAGUCAUAUUAGUAUAAUGAGGAAAGGCAUUGAGAUGAAGUACAGAGCUUGUUCCACAUAAGAAAAAUCAUUCUAAUGCAGAGCUCUAGAUUGGGUCACUGUCAGAAGCCCUUCAGACAGAGAUCAUCUCUUUACAUCAGAGGAUUCAUAUUGGACAGAAAACUUAUACAUGUUCUCAAAGGGGGAUGUGCUUUACUCUGCAAGAGCAAUAUCAGUAGACAACAGAGUAUUCAUAUUGGA